AUGGAAAAGGGGGUUAGGGUUGAAGGUUUGUGUCCCUUCACCCUCUCAAACAGAAUCGGUGCCGCUCCCUCUUCUUCCGUCGCCUCAACCUUUCAACGGAACUGGAAUCUCAAAUCGUCGAAGCUCCAUGGCUCGCGGAUUCAACGUCAUCUCAUUGUUUUUCCUCAUCAUCCCUUGCCUCAAUUGAUGACGAUGAUGAUGGAGGAUCAAAGGAAGGUGAAGGCUGAAGAUGAAGAUGGAUCCGAGGGAGAGAGGGUACCGCCAAAGUUGAAAAGGUUCAGUGGUGCAGCUUGGCAUGGUGAAUGA